AUGCUCCACUGUGCCCAAUUCGCACAAUUUGUUUCUUCCACGACAUCUCUCACCAUGAACUGUUAUUUCCAACUGAUGUCCCUUGCGACCCUCGAAUUUAUCUUUAAUCUCCCCAUCAAUACCUAUGGUCUCUAUCUCAACAUCACCAGCCGACAUAUCUACCCAUAG